AGGAAACUACACUUCCCAUGAACCCCUGCGAGCUAUUGCUUCACUAGUUUCGUACCCGAGUUGACUAUUCUUACAAAUUCCGUCUCAUGGACCUUUUUAUUAUUUAACAUCACUCCACCGCAGCUGAGAUGGCGGAAUCUGCGCCUUGUCCGGUGUUUCAGCUGGGAAAACCGCGUUACGAGCAGAGCACAUUUCUAGGCAGGUUGAGACAUUUUAUUGACAUCAUCGAUCCUUCCACUUUGUUUGUGACGGAGUGUCGUUUAAAAGAAUGUAUCAAACUCCUGGAUGAUUUCAAGCAAGGGAAUCUUCCUUCGGGAAUAACAGAUCACCAGCUCUGGGAGGCUCAGAAGGUGAAGCAGGCCAUCAUUCACCCUGACACCGGUGAAAAAAUCUUCAUGCCUUUCCGCAUGUCAGGCUAUGUGCCAUUUGGAACACCAAUCGUGGUUGGUCUUCUCCUUCCAAACCAGACUUUGGCCUCCACUGUGUUCUGGCAGUGGCUCAACCAGAGUCACAAUGCCUGCGUGAACUACGCCAACCGCAAUGCUACAAAGCCAACACCAACCUCAAAGUUUAUUCAGGGAUACCUGGGAGCCGUCACCAGUGCUGUUUCAAUUGCAGUGGGUCUGAAUGUACUUAUCCAGAAAUCCAGCAAAUUUAACCCCACCACCAGAAUGUUGAUACAGAGGUUUAUCCCCUUCCCUGCUGUAGCCAGUGCGAACAUCUGUAACGUGGCUCUAAUGAGACACAAUGAGCUGUCUGAGGGAAUAGAUGUGUUGGACAGCAACGGGAAUGUGGUGGGAUCCUCACGGAUAGCUGCCAAACAUGCACUGAUAGAGACGGCACUGACACGUGUAGCUUUACCGCUGCCAAUCUUUGUCCUUCCACCAAUCAUAAUGGCCUUCUUGGAAAAGCUUCCUCUGAUGCAGGCCCAUCGCAGGAUGAUGCUGCCUGUGCACAGCUUAGUGUGUCUGGCUGUCUUUGGGCUGUCCUUGCCACUUGCUAUCAGCCUCUUCCCACAGAUGUCAGAGAUCGAGGCAUCUCACCUUGAGCCGGAAAUUGCCAUGGCAACAGAUUGCAAGGUGCUGACUUACAACAAGGGACUGUGAUGAGAGAGAGAAGUUUAAUCAUCUGUCUGAGAUUGCCAAGGAUGUGUAGCAUAACAGGUGCAAACAGUAUUGAGAAGGAAAAAGCAUUCUGAGCAAUAGUAACCCUUUCCUUAACUGCUGAGCCAUUUAUCAGUUUUUAUAGAACUAUUCAUAAAGUAAUAACUACAGUAUUUACCAUUUUACUGACAAAUAUGACAGGGAGUAAACAAGGCCUUAUAUUAAACAAUUUUGUCAUAUAGUAAAAAACGUUAUAUAUUAAUGUUGAUAAAACUAAUUAUGAAUAAUGAGAGUUAAGUAGUUAAGUGCAGCUUUAAAUUAUUCUAUUAUAUGGUCAGUGAAUGCACUUUAAUGAAAAUGUUAUUGUAAUUAACUGUUUAUUUGCAUGUAACACUUAAUAUGUUCUAAAACUCUGAAAAAAAAUGUUUUUAUGUGUACAUGGACAGGGUUUUAGUCCUUAAGUAUGAACAUUUUAAAACUAUUUCUAUUGCAAUAUUAACAAAUAUAUCUUUGAAAAUUGUACUAUUUUUGAGACUAUGUGGUCUAUUUAAACAAUGGAUAGUAUUAAAACUGAAUUAUUGUUUAAUAAUGUAAUUUUGAUAAAUAUAUAUUUCUUUUUC